AAAACCGAGUUCUUUUUUUCAAUUAAGCAACACGUUUCUUGUGACGACUCCAUUUUUAAGUAAGUAGCGUCGCUUAAGCAACAAACGUGUGGCUUAAACACCCACUUGGGUCUCUCUCUCUCUCUCUCUCUCCAACUAUCCCUUUCUCUGCCCCUUUGCAUUUACAUUUAACCUCUUGAAAUUUCCGUGACCACAAUAAUUCUUUCGAUUAUUGUAGUCCCAGAGUUGUGGCUAGCUCUCGCUACAAGGUCACAGGCGACUAGUUUUGAUACAGUGCAUUCACGUAGCAUCAGCAUAGCGUUUGGGUAACCGAGAACCCAGCAGUACUGAUGGCGAGGAGAGAUAUUGAUCCGUUGCUGAAGGAUUUGAGUGAGAGAAAGCAGAGUUUCCGGCAAAACGUGGUGUCGAUGGCGGUGGAGUUGAAGGAGGUCAGGUGCCGUCUCGCUUCCAAGGAGCAGUCUUUUGCUUGCGAAGCCCUAACAAGGCAGGAGGCAGAGAUCAGAGCCAAGAACACGGAGGAAGAGAUGUUAAGGUUGCAGAAGAGCUUGGAGGAGAGAAAUGGGCAGCUUCAAGCAUCAGCUUCUAGUUCUGAGAAGUUCCUCAAGGAGCUGGAUGAUCUGAAAUCACAGCUUUCAGCUACUGAAGCAACUGCUGAUGCAAGUGCUGCUUCAGCUGAAUCUGCGCAACUUCAGUGUUUUGUUCUAUUAAGGGAAUUAGAUGAAAAAAAUAGUACGCUAAAAGUGCACGAGGUUCGGGUAAAUAGGCUGGGGGAGCAAUUGGAUCUUCUGCAAAAAGAUCUCCAAGCAAGGGAAUCUUCCCAGAGGCAAUUGAAAGAUGAUGUGUUGAGAAUUGAGCAUGAUAUCAUGCAAGUGAUAGCCAAAGCUGGAGCAAACCAAGAUUGUGAAUUGAGGAAACUGUUAGAGGAGGUUUCUCCAAAUAAUUUCGAGAAGAUUAAUAGGUUUUUGAGUGUGAAGGAUCAAGAAAUAGCCAAACUUAGGGAUGAAACUAGGAUUAUGUCUGCUCACUGGAAGAUAAAAACGGAGGAAUUGGAAUCACAGUUGGAGAAACAAAGGAGAGCUGAUCAAGAGUUAAAAAAGAGAGUUUUGAAGUUGGAGUUGUGUCUCCAGGAAGCUCGUGCUCAGACACGAAAGCUCCACAGGAUGGGUGAGAGGCGGGACAAAGCUCUAAAAGAACUCAGAGAUCAGCUAGCAACAAAGCAACAGUGUGGAGCUUCUGGUAUUGGAAAACAGAACUUAUGGGAAACCUCUGGUUUCAAGAUUGUGGUUUCAAUGUCAAUGUUGACCUUAAUCCUGUUCUCAAAACGAUAAAGUUGGUCUUAUUUAGGUCCUAAUGGAUAAAAAUUGCAGACACUUCAGAAGUCAACUUGAGUUAAAUGGAGAUAUCUGUAGAUACUAUUUUUUUUUUUUUUUUUAGUCAGACAGUUUUCCCUUUCCCAAAUAUGAGGUCACUUUCUGUUGGUUUGACUACUGUAUCACAGCUGAUCCCCCUUCCUUUUGUUGAUCCUGUUAUUGAACUACAUUUGCAGGAGCGCAGCUGUUUGGCGCUAUAUUUAAUUGAAAUAACUAGGAGGCAUAGUUGGAUUAGCAAAAUUUGUAUAAUCACGUUUGCUGUUAUUGGCUUAUGAGCUGCAAAGCAUGAUAAUGACUAGCCCAAGCAUAUUUCUUUGGUAUGGAAAGUCUUCAAUUAG